GUAACCAUACACUAGUGGUAACUGAAACUUGAGUGGAAUAGGACGCUACUUGCCUUAUUAUUUGAAGCAGUAAAAUCCUGUAGCCAACCAGCAAAGAAAGGUAUUUUACUCUUACAAUGAUAUACAGUAGCUACAUGUGAUUUGACAUUUUCUGUUCAACAAUAAUGUAUACGUUUCAAGUGAACUUUAUUGACCAUAUUUAUCAAACAUUUGAUUAAUUGUAUUUCAUUUGGUUCAUUUGUUAGCAUACAGUCCUCAUCUUCAUUGUUGAGUAAAUCUAUUACUGAAUCAUGGCUGAAAUAUUACAGCUUGAUUUAGUUCUAUGAUAUAAUUAGGUAUACUUCAAAAUGUCAAUACAUUGACGGCAGCCCAUCAGUUUCCCACUCUGUAGGAAAAGAAUCUAUUUUUCUACUCAGCACAUGAUGGUAUUGUGUUUUUGUGUGGUGCAGUAAUAAUAAAAUAAUUGCAUUUCCCCCUUUAGUGCUUGAGAGGGUCUUGGCUGGAGUGUUGAAUUUCUGCCGACAAAGGGGAAUGAAGUGUUAAUUUCUGCUUACAAGAACAAAAUCUGCCUGUGAUCUCGUUAUGGUUGAUUGAAUGUCGCCCGCACUCGUUCCUUAAAGGAAACGCGAAGUGUCCACCCUGUCAGAAUCAUUUCUCUUGCCUGUUCUAAUACAGCAAGAGAGAAAGGUGGUGGCUCCAAAGUGAAAUCCAAGAACACCCUAAACACCUCAUUUUAUUCCCUUAGCCAAAAUGAAUGCGCCAUUAGUGCAACCAAGAAGAAUUAUUUUACACAGUGUAAGCAAAACAUAAUCACAAAAUCCCCAUUUUGAGGGAAAGAUUACAUGGUUAUGUGCUUUUGUUUUUUUACAAAGUAGAGCUAUAUCAUCCUGACACCACGCAGUGACUCUGGACUAAUAGUGACAGUUAUUAUCAUAACUACCAGGCAUAAGCAAUGCAACUCAUUCAAGGGCAACACUUUCAUUGUUAUGCUGACGACACACAACUGUAUUUAUCAAUUAAACCUGAGCAGAUCAGGCAAGUGGAUAAACUAAGCACCAGCGUCCGAGAUAUAAAUACCUGGAUGAGCACUAAUUAUUUUUUACUUAACCCUGAAAAGACAGAAGUCCUUAUAAUAGGCCCUAAAAGUGUGAGAGACUCUCUAACUACCUCCAGCACCACAGUUAAAAACCUAGUAGUUCUAUUUGACCCAGACUUAUCAUUUAAAGCUCAUAUUAAACAAACCUGCAGAACAGCCUUUUUUCACCUGCGCAACAUAGCCAAAAUUAGAAAUAUUUUGUCUAAAAACAAUGCAGAAAAAUUAAUUCACGUGUUCGUUACAUCUAGAUUGGAUUACUACAAUGCCUUACUUGCAGCUUGUCCUAAAAGUUCCCUAAAAGGUCUUCAGCUUGUUCAGAACACAGCAGCAAGACUUUUAACAGGAACUAUUAGAAGAGAGCACAUCACCCCUGUGCUCCAAGCCUUCACUGGCUUCCAGUCGAAUUAUAUUUAAAAUCUUCCAUACCGCCCCAACAGAACACUCCAUUCUCAGAAUGCAGGUCUACUGGUAGUUCCCAGGGUCUCUAAAAGUACAUUAGGAGCUAGAGCCUUUAGCUACCAAUCUCCUGUCUUAUGGAAUCAGCUUCCAGCUAGUAUUAAAGAAGCCGACAAAGUCUGUACAUUUAAGAUUAGACUAAAAACGUUCCUAUUUGACAAAGCUUAUGGUCAGGCUAAAUUGAAAUCAAGUUGAAGUACAGCCACUGAGUCCUAUCCCCUGUUUCUCACUCUACCUACCACUUGUCUUCACUUUAUUUCUCUUUUCUAAUUGUAAUAUCUAGUUGACUAGUCUCUUCAUCACUAGUCACCUGGUGUCCCCUUUCCCCCAUCCCCUCUGGGGAAGGGGCUAUUUUUCAGCCGCAGCCUCCUGACUAUGCUGACCCCUGACUGGAUGGACGUCCUCGUAACUUAGUGGAUGGACCAGGGCCAGUAGGUGGGCUCUUCGGACUCGCAAUGGCUGCUGCGGCAACGUGGACUAUUCGAGCACGGAGGGUCACGACCGUUUUAGGGACUUUGGGGAGAUGCAGAGCCUACACACAAACCAGUUUCAAGUCACACUAUGAUGCACUUAUCAUCGGUGGAGGACACAACGGACUGGUGGCAGCUGCUUACCUUCAGAAGGGAGGCUUGCAAACAGCAGUGUUGGAGCGUAGACAUGUGUUGGGAGGUGCAGCAGUGACAGAGGAGAUCUUUCCUGGUUUCCACUUUUCCAGGUGCUCCUAUUUGCUCAGUUUAUUACGGCCGCACAUUUACAAAGACCUGGACCUGAAGAAACAGGGUUUGAAGGUUUACAUGAGGGACCCCCAUGCUUUCACCCCCAUGUUGGAAGAUGGAGUUGGAAGUGGACUGCCGAGGUCACUAACCCUUGGUUCGGAUUUGGCCGAGAAUCAGAAGGAGAUUGGCAAAUUUUCCCAGAAAGAUGCAAAGACUUUUUCCGAGUUUGUUUUGCACCUUGAGAAACUGGCAGGUGCGAUCCACCCACUCUUAGAUGCUCCUCCAGUCGACAUUCCUGGCGUCACAACUGGAUCGCUGAAGAGAAGGCUGGCUGCUGCUAAAACACUGAAGCCUGUUGUCAAAUGUGGGUUGAAAUUAGGUCGAAACAUUCCAGAGUUUUACGAGAUUAUAACCGCACCAAUCAUGAAGAUCCUCAAUCGCUGGUUCGAGUCAGAGCCACUGAAAGCAACCCUGGCAACGGACGGUGUGAUAGGAGCUAUGACCAGUCCCAGCAAUCCUGGUAGCGGGUAUGUGCUGUUGCAUCAUGUGAUGGGAGAGUUGGAGAAGGAGAAAGGUGCCUGGGGUUACGUAGAAGGUGGCAUGGGAGGCCUGUCUAAGGCUCUAGCCAAAGCUGCCCGAUCUUACGGUGCAGACAUUUUCACAGAGAAGGAUGUAGAACACAUUGUGGUUGACUCAGAUGGUGCUGCCAAGGGGGUGGUGCUGAAGGAUGGCACAGAGAUUCGUAGUGGAAUAGUUCUUUCAAAUGCUACCCCUUACGUCACGUUUAAGAGCCUCACUCAACAGGGGAUCCUUUCUUCUGAGUUCUUGAAAGCUGUUGAUCAGAUCGAUUACACUUCGCCUGUCACCAAGAUCAAUGUGGCAAUAGACAAGCUGCCAAAUUUCCUCGCAGCUCCCACACCAGACAAUAGACCCGGACCUCAUCAUCAGUGCUCCAUUCAUAUCAAUUGUGAAAGUGUAGACGUACUAGAAGCAGCCUACAUGGAGGCCGUAAAUGGACGCCCCUCGACAAGACCAAUGAUUGAGAUGACCAUCCCGUCUGUGUUGGAUCCAACAUUGGCGCCCUCUGGCUGUCAUGUAGUGUCAAUGUUCACUCAAUUUACCCCCUUUCGCAUUGACGGCAGAGAUUGGACUGAGCAGGACAAAGAGGCAUUUGCGGAUAACGUAUUUGACUGGGUGGAGAAAUAUGCCCCUGGAUUCAAACAGUCGGUGAUAGGCAGGGACAUCUUGACUCCGCCUGAUUUGGAGAGGAUUUUUGGGCUCACCGGAGGGAAUAUUUUUCAUGGAUCGAUGUCACUGGACCAGCUGUACCUAGCGAGACCAUUACCCUCACUGGCAGACUACCGUACACCAAUUAAGGGCCUGUAUCUUUGUGGCAGUGGCAGUCAUCCAGGUGGAGGUGUGAUGGGAUCUCCUGGCUGGAACGCUGCACUAAUUGCCAUGGCUGACUUAAAACGCCACUGACCCGUUAUUACAAUGUGAAGUAAAAUUUCUCUGAACACUCCUAUCUGAUCAGACACUAUUCUUUGCACACUUUACCACGUACAGUGGGGCAAAUAUGUAUUUAGUCAACCACCAAUUGUGCAAGUUCUCCUACUUGAAAAGAUUAGAGAGGCCUGUAAUUGUCAA